UGCAUUGUGGGACGCGGGCUAAUGGUGAAGUCAAGAUGGCGGCGGAUCUCAGGCAGAGGAAAGAGCCUGCAGUAGGAAGGCCGUGAAUGAAGUUUUGAACUGAAAAUCCGUCGUCGCCGCGCGUUUAGCCUCAACCUGCCGUGCUGUUGAAGCUGUAAUCAACCCGUGGAGGACUCGAUCCGUUCACCAAACAGCAACAGAAUUACACAAACAACUGGAGGAUAAAGUCUCGUAUGAAUCCCGACGAGAAGGAGGACUGUGAGUGUACGCCACCACAGGCCGAGACCAGCCCCGCAGGAGGACCUUAUAGAAAACACGAGGAGCCUGAAAUAGAAAACCCAGAAGCAAGCCGAAUGAAGCGAGCAGCUGCCAAACAUCUAAUAGAGCGCUACUACCACCAGUUAACAGAGGGCUGUGGGAAUGAGUCGUGCUCUAACUCAUGGUGUGCCUCGUCAGUCGGCUUCAACCGCAUGGAUAACAACGCGGCGGCGGUCAAAGCUCUGGAGCUCUACAAAGUCAACUCGAAGCUAUGUGACCCCCACCCGUCGAAGAAAGGCACUGCCUCGGCCUACCUGGAGAGCAGCGCUCACGGCAACUCCGCCUGCAGUAACAGGAAGAUGAACCAUAAAGAUGUCCACUCUGUACGGGACAAUUUUAAAGAUGUGACUUACCUGACGGAGGAGAAAGUGUAUGAGAUCUUGGACAUCUGUGGGGAGAAGGAAGACUACUCGCCUCUGAUCAGGGUAAUAGGUCGGGUGUUCUCCAGCGCAGAGGGCCUGGUGCAGAGCUUCCGAAGAUCCAAAUCUCACACCAAGGAGGAGCUCAAGUCCCUUCAAGGUAAGGAUGAGGACAAGGAUGAGGACGAGAAGGAGGCAGCCGCCUGCUCUGCUACAGCUAUGGAGGAGGAUUCCCCCGCCUCGUCUUCAUCAUCAAGGCUCGGAGAGGGCUCCUCGGGGGAAAAUGAUGUCCAGAAGCUGGCCCCCGAUGAGGUGUCCGUGGACAUCGAUGCCGUGCGGCGGGUGUACGAGCGCCUUCUGUCCAAUGAGAAGAUAGAAGCUGCCUUCCUGAAUGCCCUGGUCUACCUCUCACCCAACGUAGAGUGCGACCUGACGUACCACAACGUAUAUUCACGAGACCCCAAUUACCUGAACCUGUUUGUUAUAGUGAUGGAAAACAGCAACCUCCACAGCCCAGAGUACCUGGAGAUCGCCCUCCCACAGUUCUGCAAGGCCAUGAGCAAACUCCCGCUGGCAGCUCAGGCUAAGCUGGCGCGCUUGUGGUCGCACUACAGUGCGGAGCAGAUCCGGCGCAUGGUGGAGACCUUCCAGCAGCUCAUUACGUACAAGGUGAUCAGUAAUGAGUUCAACAGCCGCAAUCUGGUCAACGAUGACGACGCAGUGGUGGCGGCCACCAAGUGCUUGAAGAUCGUCUACUAUGCAAACGUGCUGGGCGGCGACCUCGACAUGGGGCACAACGAGGAAGAGGACGAAGAGCCAAUCCCGGAGUCCAGCGAACUCACCCUGCAGGAGCUUCUGGGCGAGGAACGGCGGAACAAGAAGGGCCCUCGGGUGGACCCGCUGGAGACAGAGUUGGGGAUCCGCACCAAUGAUUGCCGCCGGCCGCUCAUUCUCUUUGAGGAGUUUGUCAAUGAGCCUCUGAACGAGGUGCUGGAGAUGGACAAGGACUACACUUUCUUUAAGGUUGAAACUGAGAACAAGUUCUCCUUUAUGACCUGCCCUUUCAUCCUGAACGCCGUCACCAAGAACCUGGGUCUGUACUAUGACAACCGCAUCCGCAUGUACAGCGAGCGCCGCAUUACGGUGCUCUACAGCUUGGUGCAGGGGCAGCAGCUCAACCCCUACCUGAGGCUCAAAGUACGCCGAGACCACAUCAUUGACGACGCACUGGUCAGGCUGGAAAUGAUAGCAAUGGAGAAUCCUGCAGACUUGAAGAAGCAGCUGUACGUCGAGUUUGAAGGAGAGCAAGGUGUUGAUGAAGGAGGUGUUUCCAAAGAGUUCUUUCAGCUGGUGGUGGAGGAGAUCUUCAACCCAGAUAUUGGGAUGUUCACAUACGACGAGCGCACCAAGCUGUUUUGGUUCAACGCGUCAUCGUUUGAAAACGAGGGCCAGUACACUCUGAUAGGAAUCGUUCUUGGUCUGGCCAUCUAUAACAACUGUAUCCUGGAUGUCCACUUUCCUAUGGUGGUCUACAGGAAGUUGAUGGGCAAGAAAGGAACUUUCAGAGACUUGGCUGAUGCCAACCCGGUUCUGUUCCAGAGUCUGAAGGAGCUGUUGGAGUACGAGGGCAGUGUCGAAGAGGACAUGAUGAUCACUUUCCAGAUUUCCCAGACAGAUCUGUUUGGGAACCCACUCAUGUACGAUUUAAGGGAAAAUGGGGACAAGAUUCCAGUCACAAAUGAAAACAGAAAGGAGUUUGUGGCCCAGUAUGCUGAGUACAUGCUGAACAAAAGCGUGGAGAAGCAGUUCAAAGCGUUCAGGAGAGGCUUCCACAUGGUCACCAACGAGUCACCGCUCAAAUACCUGUUCAGACCAGAGGAAAUCGAGCUCCUAAUCUGUGGAAGCAGGAACCUGGACUUCCUAGCACUUGAAGAAACAACAGAAUAUGAUGGAGGCUAUAACAGAGAUUCUCGAAUCAUCAAGGAAUUUUGGGAGACAUUGCACUCAUUUGGCGAGGAGCAGAAGCGCCUCUUCCUGCAGUUCACCACCGGCACUG